AGAAAAUAUAGUGACUCGGUAACCAGCUAGGUUUAGCUCGCUUUUAUUAUAUAUAUAUAUAUAUAUAUAUUCAACAAAACAACAAUGUCUAGAAGAAAACAACUGAAAGAUAAAUCCAACCAAGAAGACCAUGGGUCGAAAAACAAAGGUUCAAGUCCAAAUGAGGCAUUACCAGUGCAGACCUUUGAUGAUUAUCAGUGCACAGGAAAUGUGGAGGUCGACUUCCUUAUGCUUUGCGGUCUUCUGAACAUGCAGGAAGUCCCAGCCGUCAGCACCAAACAUCCAGCCUCAUCCACCGAUGUAAAUGAAGGAGUUGGGGAAGAUGACCUUUCACAGAUAAGUGUCUCAACUCUCUGGUUUAAGCCGUGUUUAAACAUUGAGCUGGAAAAUGAGGACCCCCUCAGUGUCAUGAGGAUGAGGAUUUCUGGAUGGAAGGUGAACGAGCAGAUCUUCAGAGCAUUGCAGAAGAUGCUCCCCUCCAUGAACCAGCUACAGUGUCUUCAGUUCUGCCAGGCCGGGCUGACAGAUCCAAUGAUAGUCUCCCUCACAAACACAAUGUCUCUGUGCUCCAACCUCAGAGCUGUGUCACUGGAGGGUAAUCCUCUUCCAGAGCAGAGCUUCCACCUUCUUCUUUCUGAAGACAGCAUCCUCACCGACUUGUCCUUGCGGAAUAAUCAGAUCGGAGAUGAAGGCGCUCGUCUGAUAGGUUCUGCGCUGUCGACCACUAAAUCCGCUAAUAAGAACCUCUUGUCACUCAACCUGGCAUUCAACAAUAUUCGGGAUGCAGGUGCUGCACAUAUUGCACAGGGCCUGAGGCUGAAUCGUACUUUAGUCUUUCUAUCGCUGUCCAACAAUCAGAUUGGAGACUCAGGAGCUGCCCAUCUGGCUGCGAUCCUCGGGGAGUUUGCUCUAACACAUGAGGAAGUUGUGGAAAGGAGGAAGCUGCUGCUGCAGAAAAUGCAGGCUGCUGAUCUUGAGCAAACAUCUACGAGCCAGGUGUCCCCCUUGCAUGCCCCUUCAAGGGAGAACAAGGGCACACUCAGAAAAAAGCAAAAAUCUGCCAGGAAAGAUGAAAAAACUGCCGAAAUCAAAGAAAAGUCUCAGAAGAAAACCCUUGACGGAAAGGGAACUCAGAGCAGAAGUCUAAAGGGUGGAGGCAGAGAGAAACAAUUAUCUGCUCUAGAGGAUAAAUCAAGCACUAACCUGAAUGAGGCAGCAUCUGUGGAGACAGGAAACCCCCUGCUGGACUAUUCGGUGCAUCGCAAGAACGGACAGCUCUUUCUGCCUGGAAACAUGAGGCUUGCUUCACUCAACCUGGCAGGAAACAGAAUUACAAAGAAGUCUCUGCCUCUGUUCCUGGCAUCUCUGGAAAAGCAGGAGGAUGUGGGAAGAAACUUGCGCCGUCUCUGUCUGCAGAGAAACCUCUUCCUUGCAGACUCGAAGUUUUACAGGAAGAUAGAAGAAAUAUAGGCUCUCACUGAUCCUCUGGUUGUGACUCAAUGGAAGAGGAGGGAAAGGACUUGUAGUGCUCAGCAAUCAUUUGCCUCCACCUUAUUUAGGUCUGAUACAGAAAAAUAAAACAUAUUACUUUU